AGGCAGCAAAGUACCGCGCUGAAGGGUUUGCUGCUGCAGGAUGAGCCGAGAUGGAGAGCGGAGGAUGAAGGACCGGCUCUGGGGCUCGGCCAGCUGCUUUUCUUCCAACCCGGAAUCUCUGCACAGCUUUGCGGGCAGACAAAUGAGGGAGAAGGGUGGUAGCAGGGACCCUGGGGGAGAGCGGGAGGGGGAGGCGGCAGGGAGGAGACGUGAGAACCAGGAAGUGCAGCAGGGUUAUACAGAGGCGCCCAUAGCUAGUGGGGUGCUGCAAGAGAGUGGGGUGCUGAAAGAGAGUGGGGUGCUGCAAGAGAGUGGGGUGCUGCAAGAGAGUGGGGUGCUGCAAGAGAGUGGGGUGCAGGAAAGGAAUGAGGUGGUGGAAAAGAACGGUUUGCAGAAACAGAAAGGGGUGCAACAUAGUAUUGGUGUUAAGAAGGUGCUGGGAAAUAGGGGAGAGGGGAAGGAUAUGAUGUUAAGGGAGGUAACUGCACAGAGAUUUAGUGGGGUGCAAGAGAGUGGGGAGCAGGUGGAGGCAGAUUUGCUGGGAGAUUAUAGGGUGCAGGAUAGGAUUGGGGUGCAGGGAGGGAUAGAGGUACAGAAGGCUAAUGAGGUGCAAUGGGAUGUUGAGGUUCAGAAAGAGCCAGAGGCACAGAAACAGGGAAAGAGUGUUAAUCACACAGUUAUAGGGGUGCAGGGAGAUGGGGGGCUGGGAGAGGUAGACAGAGAAGCUUGGGGGCAGGGAGUUGAAGGGGUACAGGGAGUUGAAGGGGUACAGGGAGUUGAAGGGGUACCGGGAGUUGAAGGGGUACAGGGAGUUGAAGGGGUACCGGGAGUUGAAGGGGUACAGGGAGUUGAAGGGGUACCGGGAGUUGAAGGGCUGCAGAGGGAUAGGGUGCAGGAAGAUGCUGAGGAGCAGGUCGCACAGGAACAAGUCGCGGUUGGAGAGAUUCCAGUUGGGGACACGGGGAGGCAGCAGGGGGCGACUCUUCCCAUUACAGAGGAGAGGGAAUCUGGGCCAGUACAUAGGCACGGCGCUGUACCCAGCAACCAGCAGUAUUCUCUCAUCCUUACAGCAGACAGUAUCACACAGGUGGAAGAGUUGGAAGAUUCCAUAGAGGAGAUGCUGGUGAGGCUGGAUGAGUUCUGCGCAAUGAUGGACAUGAUACGAAGUGAAACUUUCCAUAUCAUGGAAGAUAAAAUCCCAGAGAUCAAGUUCAAAGCAGAAGAAAUGAACAGAAUAUACACACGAGUAGAUAAACUGGAGGCGUUUGUGAAGAUGGUUGGGCACCAUGUUUCUUUUAUGGAGGAGGAGCUAACGCAAGCAGAGAACCGGUACCUGCCUUUCCCACAAGUCCUUCAUAAAAUUGUAAAAGGGACUCCUACAUUUUUAUGGAAAACUGGGCCAAAAAAGCAGCAUACAUAUGAACUUCCAAAGAUGUACAGGACAGAAGACUACUUUCCUACCACUUCUACCCAUCCAAAAAACCCCACGUGAAACAAUCCACGGGUCAAAAAAAAAAAAACCAAGUCAACAAGGAAGGACAGACAGUGGUGGAUUGGAACAUAAACAUGGAAGAACCUUUAUUUUUUAUAAUGUGAAAUAUCACAACUGUGGGCAGAACUAAAUGUGCCGUGAACUGGUCCCAGCUUUCAGGUAAAAUAUAUUCAGAAUACGGUGCCACCUAACUGCUAGCUCCAGCAGCAGAAGGGGACAUUCCCAUGGAAAGCAAUCUCCUGGACUUGAAACCAUCAAUCCAACCACUUUUUGGACCAUUGAUAUACUACUAAGUUUAAUUUGAAAUGAGCGCAGGCAACACCGUGUCAUGGCAGGCCAGUACUACUAGGUUUAAUAGCAGUAGCCUCACAUACUAAGUUAAGUGAGUGAGUUAGUUAGUGAGUGAGCCUUUAUGUUAUCCACCUCUGGUAUGUGCCAGUAGAACUCUGUUUAGGGAAGAAUUCUACAUUAGUAUGUCCUUAAAAAUUCCAUUGUGACACCUUAAACUAAAAUUUCUUUUCUUCUAAACUCAGUGCAUGAUGAUGGGUGCCAGGAGUUUUAUCUCAGCAACUAAAAGGCUACAGGUUGGCCAAGAGUCCAAGUGCUACUGUCUCCAUCCAGCCCUUUUCCUACCUGUAUCUACAACAAGGCCCCUAAGGAGAUCUUUUUUUAUGUGUCUUUAAAAAAUAUGUAUUUCUCAGUUGUUCAAGGGUCAGCUCCCCAAGCUAUGUCCAUAUAACUUGUUUCCAUAGUAAGUAGGAGUAUGAGAACUGCCUACCAGGCAACAUAUCUGGAUGCCCAAAGUUUUGCAGCGAGCGUCCUUCCUAUAAGGCAAUCUAUAUUAACUCCCAAACACCUGCAACCUCAAUUACUGCCUAGAAUAAUUAGUUAACCUACAGUCUCUGGUUAGGGCUUCAGGACUUAUUCCUAAUAAAAUAAAACGCAGAAACCAUGACAUUCUAUGAGAAGUCUCUGUUUUAGUCGUCUUUUUUUUGUUUGGGUCAAAAGAAAAUCUAAUGUCAGCAGGUGUAGUAUCUGCAAAUGCCUCUGAUUCUACAUUGGCCACGGUUGCCCAAACAUUACAAUUUCUUUUCAAACACCAGGCAAAGAAAAUUCUGCCACUGCUACCUUCUCUAAGUUUACUAAUGGGAAACCAGAAGUGUAGAUCACCUAAUUGUUCAUUAUCCAGCCAUUCAGGCUCAUUAGGCAGAUAAUAGCCAAGCUAAGCUGUGUAUUGCCACCUUAAUUCUUAACCCAUUAGGGCAUCGGUGGUAGGUAAUAGCAGCUCUUUUACUACUAGAUUGCACAUUGCGGUCUUUCUAUACCAUCUCCGGCACAUACUACUUAUCUGUGUGUUGUGGACUGGGCUGAGUUGCAGAACGUCACGAAAGACUGAUUAUUCUUGUUUGCCUGGUAAAGGAUAAAUAGCCAAGUUUGUUACUUUGAAGUUAAAUUAACCCCAUAGUAUAGUUGGGGGGGGGGGGGGGGAGGGUUUAACUGAAGAUUCUAUGCCAGAACACACAUUGCCCUACCUGAAACCCAAAAACACAUAGAAGAACUUAAGCUAUUGAAGGAUCUACUGGCAUCUUUGGAAACAAUGUCUCCAACUAUCACCAAGACAUUUCAGGAUAGUGUUACUAUGGCUAUCACGUGCACUGCGCCAUCAAUUAGCACUAUUUAUCCUAUCCAAAUACAAAAUUAAAAACCCUUCUACAACUCCCAGCAUGUGAUUAAGUCUAUUGAAGCAAUGGAAAGAGCAAUGCUGGGCAUGUUUGCCACUCAUGGUGUGUAGUCAUGAGAACAGUGUCAUUUAAUUGGCCCUAUAAAGCUUGCGCUCAGCUAUCAGCAGUACUUUAGACAGAUAGAAGGUAUGAACAUUACCAUAGCAACAUAUUCUUCUUUGUCAAAAAAUAUAAAUACAUUUAGCUUAUUUGCUUACUCGUCUAAGUAAAGGUAAAAUUAUUUUUUUUUUUUACUACAUGAGCUGGAAAUUUUAGUGUUCAUGGAAUACAUUUAUCUUUAGCGGAAAUGCUUUUAAGGUUUAUUGAUAUAAUAAAAUAGAUUGAUAUGUUUCA